AUGACUUCAGCAAUGAAUCCCAAUCCUCUUGCUUUGAAUCCUUCUGGAUCUAUGGAGAAACUAGAGAUAAUUAAAGACGAUGACCCGAAGGUUGAAGAUCCUUUUGGGGACGAGAGCCAGACUGGCGUGAAGUACAAGACUAUGGCCUGGUGGCAAGCUGGAAUGAUUAUGAUCGCCGAGACCAUUUCUCUUGGAAUCCUCUCGCUGCCCAAAGCACUUGCAACCUUAGGCCUGGUUCCUGGAAUCUUUGCCAUCAUCGUCAUUGGGAUCAUCUCAACCUAUACCGGCUACACUAUCGGACAGUUCAAAUGCCGACAUGUGCAAGUCCACAGUAUGGCUGACGCCGGUGAUAUCCUAAUGGGAAGAUUUGGGCGAGCGACACUGGACGCUGCGCAGAUAGUCUUCUUCAUGUUGGUAAUGGGCAGUCACAUCCUCACAUUCUCCAUCAUGAUGAACGUCCUGACCGAGCACUCCUCCUGUACCAUCGUUUUCUCGACUCUCGGUCUGCUCGUAUCAUUGAUUCUAACUCUCCCCCGACGACUCGAGCGGCUCUCUCACCUCUCUACCGUGAGCUUCGUCAGUAUCAUUGGGGCAGUGAUGACCGGUAUGAUCGGUAUUGCUCUUGCGAACAAGGAACCAUCAAAUGUUCCGGCGUUUUCACCAAGGGUAGAAGUGCACGAAGCAUGUCUUGCUAUUGCGAACAUUGUCUUUGCGUAUGCGGGCCAUGUGGCAUUCUUCACCCUCUUCUCUGAACUGAAAAAGCUCGAUGAUUUUCCGAAAGCACUCGCACUUCUGCAACUGAGUGAGAUGAUCCUAUAUAUCGUUGCGGCGAUUGUGAUAUAUGCCUAUGUGGGGCCAACUGUGAACUCACCUGCUCUCAACUCUGCGGGGACGUUGGUUCGGCAGGUGUCUUAUGCGAUUGCUAUACCUACGAUUGUGAUCGGAGGCGUUGUCAACGCCCAUGUCGCGGUUAAAUUCAUAUAUGUUCGGAUAUUCCGAGGAACCACCUCUAUUCAUAGCAACUCCAUCCUUGCGCGAGCAAUAUGGGUUGCUAUCUGUACAGUCCUCUGGAUCUUAUCGUGGAUUAUCGCUGAGGGGAUACCGGUUUUCAACGACGUUUUGGGGCUUGCGAGCUCGCUAUUCGCCAGUUGGUUUUCGUUUGGUCUCCCGGGCCUCUUUUGGCUAUACCUCAAUCGGACUUGCUGGUUCUUGACCGGGCGGCAACGGUUUCUAUUUUGCGUCAACAUCCUUUUGGUGUUUCUUGGAUUCCUCAUUUGCAUUGUCGGGUUGUAUUCGUCUAUUCGGUCAAUCUUCCACAACCUUCGUGAUGGCGUUGGGGGAGGCAGUUUCUCGUGUGCGGACAAUUCUCUUUAUUGA